AUGACCGGGGUAUCCGCUGGCAACUCGCUUCCAGAUCUCCUCACUCUCCCAUAUACCUCUUCACACCCGCCCGACCUCGCAGACAUUCACCCCUCCUCGUCUGACGACCCUCCGCCGCCCACCGCCGCCAGAUUCGCUACUCUUGGCCCGUUUACGAAAGGCACCGCUCCUCGCCGUUCUCUUGCCGGCAUUGCCUUGGAGAAGACGUCCAACGUGCUGGCCAGUUUCACCUCGCUAGGAAGCCAAUCUUUGCGCCCCAGCCUGUCUCACGGGAGCUUGUCGAAGCAGUCGCACAAGUACGCUCAGAUUGGUGCUGGUGCAUCUUCGCUCGUCGAGGACCACGAGAAGCCAUCGCCGCUUGAAGAAAAGUCACUCGGUCGUCGGAAUACAGUGCGACUGGUACCUCAAGAGAUUCCUAAGCUGGACCAGCCCGCGGACUCGCGGCUCAACAAGAUGCACCAAACCUCGUCGAGGCUUCUCCGCAUGACGGAAGAUGAACGUCCUUUUACCAAGGACUUCAACGAUCUGUUUGCUACUUUGAUGGUGAGCUUGAAAUUAGAUACUCAUCGCGUGCGCUUCACCAGAUACGAGCAUACCUUCACAUCCGAUGAGGCUAUCAAUAAUCUGGGCUCAUUGAAAUUCUCUCAAUCCAACCGCAUGCCGGAUCCUAAAGAUCCAUCCCGUAUUGUCACUACCACAACUACCACAACUUUCUCCAUGGCGAAGGAGAUGGCACGAUCUGUAUGCCAACGGUUUGCCGAUGCUCGUUUUAUUGAGGCUGUCGAUGGUCGAGGAGCUGCUUUUUUUCCUAUGAAGGGAGGUUUGUAUCAGUUGACUCCCAAGGGAAUCAAUGUUUUGCAACGCUUUUGCCAGCGAAACGGCAUUACUGCCCGCCACGUCAUGGAGGUUCUGGAGUCUCCACGAAAUACUAUGCAGCUGGUCAAUCUUGAACGCGAUACUGAAACUGACAAGCUUUCGACGGACCGUGCGACGAUUGAGGUUAUUUUCCGCCGCUUUGCUGGCCAGGAAGGCCCUAAUAUCAAGUCUUCGACUUCUAGUUCGGACUCUGACUCGCUAAGCGACUACUCCAAUGGUCUCGUAGGAGUUAAGAUGGCUAAAGAGAGGAGGAUUGGCGACAAGUACGUUGCUAACACUUUCACCGGAAAAGCUGCGGUAGACUGGCUCAUGGACUGCUCGACCACCAACGAUCGUCGCGAAACAUGCUUAAUCGCCGCUUUGUUCAUCAAACAUGGAAUGAUUACCUCUGUUCAGGAAGACCGGCCAUAUGCCCAACAGGAGCCCACUGCGGUUGAUUUUCAACCUACCAAGCAUGCCAUUUACACCGUGACCGAGCACGGUCAACGAAUCUGUGGAUGGAUCGCUCGCGACAAAAGCAACAUGUCACACUUUGAUAACCGCGGCGCCCGUGAUUCGAAUAAUGCCCGUCUUAAUCACAUUUUGCAUGACCCUGCCCUACGACUUUUAUUCCGCGAAUUCCUACGCUAUUCACUGUGCGAGGAGAAUUUGUCAUUCUAUUUGGACGUCAGUGAAUUCACAAGCCAUUACCAUCGAUUGGAGAAAUCAGGCUCUUUGACCAAAAUCGAGACGGUCCGCGAAACCCUUGCUGCUGCCUAUGGUCUUUAUAACGCCUUCUUAGCGCCUGGAUCGCCAUGCGAAUUGAACAUCGAGCAUGGUCUGCGAAAUAGUCUUGCUAGCCGCAUGACAAAGGCUGUGGGUGACGACGAAUCCAUGCUGCAGAGCCUUCAGGAAGUCGUUGAUCUGUUCGAGUUGGCCCAGACUUCAGUUUUUAAAUUGAUGUCAAGUGAUUCUGUUCCCAAGUUCGUUCGUGAUCCCAAGUAUUCCGUUGUUCUCCAAGAGCACGAGUUCGAUUUGGGAUCCAAUAGCCGUUCGUAUUCCCCUACACCUGCUCCGGUACCCGAGCGAUCAAUGAGCCGUUCUGUGAGGACGUAG